UUCUCAGCCUUUCUCCAAGGUUUCAGCUUGUGCGCUUUGCUCUCACUGUCCUGAACCUUCGUCUCUCCAGCCGGUGGAGGCAGGUGGCCGCUCACCCUCAGCCUGGUUCUGCUGCAGAGUCCUGGUGCUGCUCAGUGGCAUGUGUUGGGUUUACGUAGGACUCUGACCUACCUUUGCGUUAGGUUAUUAUUUUCUUGUCUUAAAUUCACAAAACUGGACAUUCCCUAUACAUUUGUUUUAUUCUGUAUUUCUAUAUUGUCUUUGUUUACUCUUGGUAUAAAUCACUCUUGUUUCAGAAUCACAUCCUCCUGUAACUGCUCCAUUUAAUGUGCCAGUGAGAAUGUGUGGCGGGGAGCGAUGAAGGCGUCUAUGUUCCACUUUUAAUGAAGCCCUGAAGGAGAAUCCAGGCUCUUUAUCACAAAGACGAACAGCUCCUUAAACCCUGCUUCUUGUUCCCGGCAGGAACAGUUUGUUCUGGUUUGAUUCCAACCGGCAGCAAUCAGUGAGACACUUCCACUGUCUGUCUGUCUUUUCAGGCCUUAUUUUAAAGAAUUCUAUCAGGUCUGAACUCCCACAGACACACAGAGCAACACCUAUGUAAAACCCGGGACUAGAUGAGAGGGUUAGGGUUAUGGCGUGCGUGCGCGCGCGCGCGUGAUCUCAUAACUAAACACCACCACACCAGCGUCUGUCUUGUUUUUCUUCGUGAGGUUCGUAGUUCGUUGUUUCUGACUGUUCCCGCCUGUGAAAGGCACGCGGAGGGUUUAGGACCCGGGGCGGAGCGUGACGUAGGACAACAAGAGGAAGCCGGCUCUCACGCUGCUACAGCAGCUUCAAACCCAAGGCCGGUGAUGGCUCAGCAGACGGCGGCGGGCCGGCGCUGCCUGCGGGCGUUCGUCAGUGGCUUCUUCGUGGCCGUCCCCGUCACCGUCACCGUCCUGGAUCGCGUCGCAUACGUGGCGCGAGUGGAGGGAGCGUCGAUGCAGCCAUCUCUGAACCCGGAGGGGACGUCUCAGUGCGACAUCGUCCUCCUGAACCGCUGGAGUGUGAGGAACUUUCAGGUCCAACGAGGUGACAUCGUCUCUGUCGUGCUUCCAGCAUCGGAGGACAUUGAUGGAGACCGUGUGUCUGUCAGUGGACGCUGGCUGCUGAACACGUCCUGGAACCAGUACCUUGGAGAUGAACCCAGGUCCCCGAGGGAUCCUCAGCAGAAGAUCAUCAAGAGGGUGAUUGGCCUGGAGGGAGACUUCAUCAGGACUCUGAGCUACAAGAAUCGAUAUGUUCGAGUUCCAGACGGCCACUUCUGGAUCGAGGGAGAUCAUCACGGUCACAGUCUGGACAGCAACAACUUUGGACCGUGGAAGCUGAUGGAGGUGAAGAGCAGCCGUCAGCCUGCACACUCGUGUCACAUCUUGUUCUUCACAGAAUCCAGGAAGGUGUCGGUGGGGCUGCUCCACGGCCGGGCCUCCCACAUCAUCUGGCCUCCGCGUCGCUGGGCGCGGAUCAGAGCGUCGCUGCCUCCAAACAGGGGCCCGCUGUACGCCGAGGAGGAGGACGGAUGAAGAUCUGAAGGCAUUUUUGAGGCGUCGGACUCGGAUGUUCUCUGGGGUCAGGACUGUCCUGACACACACCAGAACCCGACCCGUCACGGUUCUACCAAAUUUACUACAGUGAAGACAAGCUCUGCUUUAAAACUCAUUGUUCAGACAAAAUAAAACCUUCGGACUCA